AUGAAUAAUCAUGAAACGAGUACAGGUGAUGAAUCAACAUUAUCAUCAUCAUCAUCAUCAAACAAUAUGAUACCAGACUUUAAACCAGCAUUAAAUGAAUUGGUACGAUUUAAACAACAACUGACAACUAAUCCAAUUGUUAGCCAACAACAAUUAUAUUAUGCAACUCUUGUACCUGUAGAAUCUUUAUCAACAACGAAUAUCGAAUCCGAAUCAUCAGCAAUGCAUUAUUAUAAUAAUUCAUCAAAUAAUAUGUUAACAGCAUCAUCUUAUGAUUUAAAUCAUUCUGUUGAAAAAGUAAACAUUGAUAUAAGUCCAUCUAUACAACGUCAAUCAUUAACUACAACAGUUGCAACUAAUCAUUGUGAUAAUACACCAUCAAAACCUCCAUAUUCUUAUAUAAGUCUUAUUACAAUGGCUAUUCAACAUGCAUCAUCAGGCAUGGUUACAUUACAUGAUAUAUAUCAAUUUAUAAUGACUGCUUUUCCAUAUUAUCAACAAAAUCAACAACGUUGGCAAAAUUCAAUUCGUCAUUCAUUAUCAUUUAAUGAUUGUUUUGUUAAAGUACCACGUGGACCUGAUCGACCAGGUAAAGGUUCAUAUUGGACAUUACAUUCUGAUGCUGGAAAUAUGUUUGAAAGUGGUUGUUAUUUACGGCGACAAAAACGUUUUAAAUGUACAAAACAAGGAUCGAAAACUCGAACACGUAUAUCAAAUAGUAAUAAUCAUAAUGAUAAUCAACAAUCAACAUCAGUUAGGAAUCAAACUGAUUCAUCUGUAUCAAACAGUGAUGAUGAAUCAGAAAAUGAAUCCAAAAACAUUCAUAAUGAACAUCAACAUAUUCGUAUGUCAGCAUCAUCACCUUCAACACAUAUAUCCCUUAAUAAUUCAAGAGUUAGUAGUAAUAAUUUUACGUUAUCUAUACCUAAAUUAUUAUCAACAAAUAAAAAUAUUUAUCAUAAACAAAAUCUUAAUGAUCUUCUUAUAUCUUCAUCAUCAAAACAACACGAAUCGUAUCAAUCAGUUCCUCGUUCACAACAACAUCGUCAUCAACUCUAUUAUAAUGAACAACAAUUUCUACCAAUUCCUCAUACAUCUGCUUAUAUUGAUUUACCAUCAUAUCCAACAAAUUUAGAAUCAACUGAUGUAGCCUAUUCGAAUAAUGGAACAUCAUUAACAACAGCAAAUUAUUUUGGAACAGAUUUAUCAACAUCUCCAUCAAAUCAUUUACAAACAUCGUCUACUUAUUAUUUUACAUAA